AUGUCCUGCAAGGACGAAACCAAUGUUACUGGACCAGCUAUGAACCCGAAAGACCCAGUGGUUCCUGAUUCAGUAAGGCGUUUGCUUCACUACUACAGGGGCAAAUUAGGAGACAGUCUGAAUGUUAAACCUGCAGAAUUUGAUCUGUCAGACCCACUCAUGCAUGUGACGUGUGGAUCUUAUAACAGCCUCCACGAUCCACUCAUAAAGAAGUUUUAUAACCAGCCUCAGAGAAAAAAGCUUCUGCUUAAACAGGGCCUCAUCAAUGAGGAGGAUCAGGUGCUCUGCUCACUGAAAGACUUUACCCAGUAUGUGGAAUACCUCAGAAAAGUUGAUCUUGGCUGGCAAAAACUGCAUCAGCAAGAACAGAAGCAGCUGCUGAAAGUGGCAGCAGGUGAAGUUCCUGAGAACAUUAAUGCUGCCCAUGCAAAGGAGUUGCUUAUCUCCAGAGGCAGGACCACCUUCAGGAACAACUUCAAAACAUUCAUGAACUCGAGCAGUAAUCAGAAACCUGCUGAACUGGCAUGGGAGGUGAACCAACGUCUCCAGCUGGAGAAACUAGAGAAAGAAGUGAUUCGAGAGCUUCAACUGGAACAACGACUUGAGCCGAUUCCUACUCAGUCUGUAAUUUCAGGACCUGGAAUACCUUGUACAUCUGGUCCAUCUUCAUCUAGAGCUGAUGACCAGGGAAUGGUCACUUUGUUAGACCAGGAUUCAAGCAGUUCUGGUUCACCCAGAUUGUCUCUAGUGGACCAUUUUAAUGGAAAAUGCAAUUUGAUAAACAGUGAAAGUUCUGAAAAAGUACCAAGUGGGGUGGUCACAGUGCAAAAACUGCAGAAUUUUGUUAGUGGAAUUCAAGCCACUAUUACAGAGGAGGUCCAGAAGAAUCUGCUUCCUGCUCUGGUGGAGUAUUUGCAGCCUGUGCAACCCUACAGUGCGGAUGUGCAAGAAUUAGGAAUUACUCCUACUGAAGCCCUGGACAAUAUAAAAUUGGAUAGUGCUAGAAAUAAAAUGGAAAGCCUUGAAGAUCUUAAUCACUCAGCUUCAGCUUCCUCCGCUGACAACUCCAUACAUCAGUCGUCCUUGUUUUCAACAGCUGAGUUGUUGGUGCUGGAUGUGCUGAACGCUUCAGUGUCUCAGAUAAAAAGUCAGCAACAUGAGAGAUAUGAAGAGACUGCAAAUGAUGUUGAGAUCCUGGAAUUGGCCAGUCAAUUUAGCAAUCAAGAAGUUUUCUUUGAGCUAACAGAGUGGAAGACAGAUGCCAACUGUCAAUUUUCCAGCUCUGAGGAAUCCCUCAUCAAUCAGGUGCCAUCUGUUGAAUAUUGCUAUCCUGGAAUAAUUCGGUCACAGACAACCACAACUGACAAGAUUACAGAGGAAAAUGAAAUUGAUGAGAUCAGUGAAGAAACUGUUAAACAAACCCUUGAGUCUGUGAUCUCCAUCCUUGAAAGCCAAGGACUUCUGUCAUCUGAGUCUGAUGAAGUUACGCCAAGUAAAUCCAGUAGCUCAGACUCAGUUAGUUGGGCAUCUGUUACAUUAUCAUCAAACCUGAACAGCUUAGAGAGUAUCAACUCUACAAAUAUAAGCCCAAGUCCAACCCUGCGCACAGGCUCUGGCUCUCCUAUCCAGCUGAGUGCAAACUCAAAAGAGGUCCUGACUAAGACUUUGGUGGAAAUCCAAAGAAAAUUAUCGAAUCAUGAACCGUCUGUGUCACCUCGACAAAUCGUCUCACCAGACAACACUGAUGCCAUCAUGGACCUCAUUAGUGGCAUACUGAGACGAAUUCAGGAAUCUUCAAGCUCAGAUUCCAGUCUGCAGGGAUCUUCCACUUCCUUGAAGAGUACCACCACUCCUAUGUUUAAUAAUCCGAUGGUUCAGUUGAAUAAGCAAGAACUGCAUAGACAAAAAUCAAUCAAAUCUGAUUCCCUCAGCAGCCUUGAGUCUGUAAACAAAGGCUGUAAAGUCAUAUUGGUAAAAUCUGCUGACAUGUCUGCACGAUCUGGAAUAAGCUUGGAUGAGAGACCAAGGACUUGUCCCUUAACAAAGAAGGACAGUACUGACCUCAAGGAAACCAUGAGGCAGAUACUUAGUAAAUUUGACAGCGAAAAAUACCAGCAGGAAGCUGAUGAUAAUCUGACUGAUUUGCUGUCUGAUGCCCUCUACAAACACAUUCAGAGUAAAUGCCAAUCUGAGAUUUCAGGGCUAAAUGAAUGCACCAGCUCUCAGAAUGAGUGCAAUCUUUCACCCAGCGACAGUGUUACAUCAAGUGAUAUUGAAGUGGCCUCCUCUGCACUGACCGAACUGGUGUUGAAUGACCUCAAGGGCACCUUUGAUAAAAAGGUGGAGAACUUCAAAUCCAGCCAGAUUGACAUCAAACCAGAGAUAGAACCGACUUUAGAGAAGCUCCUCGACCAGCCACACAGGAGCGAGACUGACCUGAUCAUCACUGAAGUCACAGACGAGGACUUUUCUUCUGAAGGAAGUAUCAGUGAUGUUGAUGAUAGCAACCAUUGUCCUGAAGUAGCUAGUAAGAUCAUUGGGUGUUUUGGGUACGACCAAAUUCUGAAAAAAGCAGUGGACAAAACUGCUAGAAAAGUUCUUAUAGAGUUUAGCUUGCCUGAGUCAUUAUCUGUCAAAGAGUUUUCUCCUGAUACAGAAUGGCUCAGAUCCCUGACUUCAGAGGCUAUACGGUUGCGAUCUUUGAUUGUGGGAGGGGUUUUAGAAAAUCUAUCUCAAAACGCAACAGCAAGUAAGGAUGCAAAAGACGAGUCCAGUGAACAUAAACAGUCCAUGCCAACACCAGAUGCCAACACAGCUGGAAAUUAUACAGAUGCUCUGGGUGUAGAAGUAGAAUCAGCCAACAAUGUGCCUAAGAACCAAAACGGCUUCAAGCAAAAAAAGAGAACUAUCCGUGCCUUCUUUAGGAGAGCCUGGCAGGCAGUAAAGCAGACCUUUACCCUCAGCAAGAAACGAUCCAACAAGAUUUUUCCUGCCUGAUUUUUUUAACCCUCUUCAUCUACAAAUGCCAUUUUUAGGAAAAAGACAUUUGCAAGGACAUUUUUGGUGAAGGCAUUUUUGGUUCUUUCUCGUUAUGGUACUCUCCACCGUACCACAAUUGUCUUUAACAUCUUCUGUGUAUAGUUCUCUUCAGUGUAAUAAA